AUGGUAAAAGUCAGUUUGGACAACGUUAAACUACUAGUGGAUAUCGAUCGUGAGCCCCAGUUCACUCCUUCCAAGACUACAGUGGCUGAUAUCUUGACUAAAGAAGCUUUGGAGUUUGUUGUUUUGUUGCAUAGAACUUUCAACGGCAGACGUAAGCAAUUGCUAGAGAAUCGUCAAACUGUGCAGAAGAAAUUGGAUUCUGGUUCAUAUAAGUUGGAUUUUUUGCCAGAGACGGCGAAGAUUAGAGAUGACCCAACUUGGCAAGGAAAUAUCUUGGCCCCUGGUUUGAUUGACCGUUCUACGGAGAUCACGGGACCACCUGUGAGAAACAUGUUGGUCAAUGCGUUGAACGCGCCUGUGACUACUUAUAUGACCGAUUUUGAAGAUUCUGCUUCUCCAACUUGGAAUAAUCAGAUUUACGGUCAAGUUAAUUUGUACGAUGCCGUACGUGAUCAAAUUGACUUUAGUACCCCAAAGAAACAGUACAAGUUGAAUGGUUCUAUCCGCGAUUUACCCACGUUGAUUGUGAGGCCUCGUGGUUGGCAUAUGGUUGAGAAGCAUCUGUAUGUCGACGAUGAACCUAUCAGUGCUUCUAUGUUUGAUUUUGGUCUAUAUUUCUUCCACAAUGCUCAUAAACUAAUUGAAAUCGGUAAGGGUCCUUACUUUUAUUUGCCCAAGAUGGAACAUCAUUUGGAAGCCAAAUUGUGGAAUGAUAUCUUUAACGUGUCACAGGAUUACAUCGGUAUGCCUCGUGGUACGAUUAGAGCUACGGUUUUGAUUGAAACUUUGCCAGCUGCUUUCCAAAUGGAAGAAAUUAUCUACCAAUUGAGGCAACACUCUAGUGGUCUAAACUGUGGUCGUUGGGAUUACAUUUUCUCGACUAUUAAACGUUUGAGAAACCUACCAGGCCAUGUGCUACCGGACCGUGAUCAAGUCACCAUGACUUCGCCUUUCAUGAACGCUUACGUGAAAAGACUAAUUAACACUUGUCAUCGUCGUGGUGUGCACGCCAUGGGUGGUAUGGCUGCUCAAAUUCCAAUCAAGGAUGACCCUGUGGCUAACGAAAAGGCAAUGACGAAGGUUCGUAAGGAUAAGAUUCGUGAAUUGACCAAUGGUCAUGAUGGUUCGUGGGUCGCUCACCCAGCAUUGGCUCCAAUUUGUAACGAAGUUUUUGUUAACAUGGGUACUCGCAACCAAAUUCAUUUUGUUCCUGACGUCAAAGUCAGCGCACAGGAUUUGGUUAACACUACUAUCGAAGGUGGUAAAGUUACCACCGAAGGUAUCAUUCAGAACCUAGAUAUCGGUCUACAAUACAUGGAAGCUUGGUUAAGAGGUUCUGGUUGUGUUCCAAUCAAUAAUUUGAUGGAAGAUGCUGCUACUGCUGAAGUGUCUCGUUGUCAACUACAUCAAUGGGUUAAGCACGGUGUCACUUUGAGCGAUACCGGUGAACGUGUCACCCCUCAACUAACUGCAAAGAUUCUAAAGGAACAAGUUGAUAGAUUAUCAGCUUCUAGUCUUGUUGGAUCCAGGAAUAAGUUCGCUCUCGCAGCCAAAUACUUUUUGCCAGAAAUAACAGGAGAAAAAUUCAGUGAAUUUCUAACUACACUGCUUUAUGACGAGAUUGUUACCGUCAAGGAUAAGCCAACCGAUCUAAGCAAGCUCUAA